ACACUCUGCUCCACCUCACCCUCACCCUCACCCACACUUCCGCCCAUCUUCUCGUUAAAUCGGUGUGCCUUCAGCUGUGUUCUGUUACUUCUCGCCGUCUCAGGACCUGUAACCAUGCGUGCUCUUGCCCUCCUCCUCCUGUGCAUCUUUGGAUCCACGCUGGUUUCAUUGACCGUGGCCAACAAUGGAAAUGGUCCCGAUAGUUGCUGCUUCCAAUAUUACGAAAGAAAGGUGCAAUUCACUAAAAUCCGGAGCUACGUUUUGACGGAUGGACGCUGUUCAAAGCCCGCCGUUAUUUUGCGGACCAUGAGAAACGUCCGGAUCUGCGUGGACCCUGAAGCCGCCUGGGUCAAGAGUGCGAUGAAACGACUGGAUAGCCGCUACUUCGCUGUGAUGGGCUCACCAGUCAGCACCGACGGCUCCACCCCCCCCCCCCACCACAUUUCCGCCCAUCUUCUCUUUAAAUCGGUGUCCUUCAGCUGUGUUCCGCUACUUGUCGCCGUCUCAGGACCUGUAACCAUGCGUGCUCUUGCCCUCCUCCUGCUGUGUGUCUUUGGAUCCACGCUGGUUUCAUUGACCGUGGCCAACUAUGGAGCGCUUCCUAAUAGCUGCUGUUUCAAAUAUUACGAGAGACAGGUGAAAUUCGAUAAAGUCCGGAACUAUGAUUGGACGGAUAGACGCUGUUCAAAGCCCGCAGUUAUUUUGCGGACCAUAGCCAACGUCCGGAUCUGCGUGAACCCUGAAGCCACCUGGGUCAAGAACUUGAUGGAACGACUCGAUCAGAUCAACCUUUGACGCCGUGGUUAAUAGUGUUAUCCUCACCGCAACCAAGCUUAAUGUUGCCUUUGGAAGCAGACAUAGUCUUUACAGACUAAGCUUUGGAAAUAUAAUUUCUUAUUAUGCAAAUUUUAGCUUACUGCAAUUUAUAUUAUCCUCUCAUUAAAUGUAUAUUAAUACAUAAGA